ACUCUCGACGCGAUCUCUUGCCCGCCUGGACGAGUGAGGCUCACAAGAGGCUCUAUGCGCGUGGAGGCCAUGAGGCUGACGUCCCGCUGCUGAUGGAGGCUCUCCCUGCAGACUCCUGCACGACCACGCACGAUCCGCUUCGCUCAUGGCCCGAUGGUCGUGGCACAACCGCGCACGACUCCCAUUCCUCGUGGCUUAGUGGUCCUUGCACGACCGUAAAUUCUCCAGAUGAUAACAACAAUCACUUGAGAAACGUGGUCGUCAAAGGGGAUUUCAGCGCAGAGAAAAAGUCGCUGAGAUGUCCUCUGCUGAGCGAUUAUUCCACAUUAAUCACGGACUCGACCUGGAUAUUCGAGGGCCACGAAGCCUCGCAGCAGAAACCUUUAAUAAUGUCACUGUUAACGACUACGGUUUCGAAAUUGAAAACCUUCUACAGAAGAUGCAAGCACCCGAGACGCCGAGCCUCGUGCCACGAGUGCAAGAAUUCCAAGGAGGAAAUCAGGACGUCGCCGCCGUGCCAGUGGGGAGGGGGGGCGAGGGGGCGCCAGCACGGGGACAAGCAGGCGGAGGGGAAGCAGGGUCACCGGUGGUGGCACUCCAGCAGAACCAACAAGGGCGGCAGCCGCGAGCGGGGGAAAGGGAGGUCUGCAAGUCAUGACGGUGGCGGCACGGUGCACACACACAGUUCGGGAGCUCAAGCUUCCAGCUCGAAUUUCCUGCGGAAAAGUUUGGACACCGAAUACCGGGGGAAGCAGAGGAAGCUCAGAGGGUCGCACAGAUCGCGCCCCGUGAGCAGCGACGACGAGGGGAGCGAUGAGGUCUUCGAGAGCCCUCCCAAGUACAGGGACAAACCUCCUCGCAGCAAAGUCUCCAGCAAGAGCGAAGACACUGCACAAAACUCCUCGAAAGUGUCGCUGAAGAAGUCCCUGCAGAGAAACAGGUCCCUCUCCCGGAGCCGGCUCGAGGGGGCGUCCAGGCGAAUGGAGAGGGACGACAGCAAGUCCCGGCGACGCCUCUCCCACCGCAAAAUCAACAAAUCCUCCAGCAGCAGUUCUUCCAGUUCCUCCAGAUCGAGUUCUCCCACGAAGUCCCGGCCCGGCAGCAGAUCGAAAUCCCAGCAGAGCAAAAGGAAAACGAAGCUGACGAACGGCUCGCUCGACCGUGAAGAUUUCACCGUGCACCAAACGAGUCCAGAGCAAUAUCAAACAGAUCUCGUGCAGCACCAAACCGAUUUUGUACAGAACAACGCAGACCCCGUACCACAUAGGACUAACUUUAAGGUUAAAGAUAACACGACUGACUUUUUGUCCAGACUGGAUAGCGUGUUGUCCGAUCUCGUCGAACACGAAAAGAAAAGGAUAAGCAAAUUUGGCCAAAAGAACGCGCGGGGCAGUGUGUCCAAAGGCGUCAAAAAUGGCUCCUCAGAACGGCACCAGAAGGCAGCUGAACACAAAAAGAACAAAGGGAAGAAAUCAGACGGCGUAGAUAAAAGUGCGUCCCCGUCUCUACAGCAGUUACGAACCACUCUGAAAGCGGUAAGAGUAAAGAAGCGAGUGCCUGUACCAAGCGACGUCCUGGAGAAACACUCGGACUACUUCACCGAGAGCCUUCCGCAUCAGCCCCGCAUCCUCAAGUCUCGCCAGAAAUCCCAGCUCCUAAGCCAGCGCUGCUACCAGCCGGCACGACGGAAGCCGAAGCCAGCGCCGCAGGAUUCAUCGUCGGACCUGUACACUUCGCCGGCAGAGGACGAGCACGAGGAAGUGAAGCAAGUGUGUGAGAAGCAAAACGACGUGUCUUCGGAGGAGGAACCCGAGGAAUACCGAGAGACUUCGGAGCCCAGCGACAGCACGUACGAGCGGGAGGACGAGGACGGCCGCGAUGUGUUCUACAGAGCGGAGAAGCCGGGCAAAGGGGGCCUCGACGGCUACGACGAGAGGGACCAGUCGACGAGUGACGAGCACAAUUACCGGAGGGAUCAAUCAGCGAAGGGCGGGUCGAGCGUGGCUGCGCGCGGCGUCAUCAAGGACCUGACCAGCUCGUCCCGCGGCGAGGCUGGCGACUCGGGGGACUUCAGUGUGGACAGCGCGUACACAGGCAGCCGCGGCGCGACUCCCGAGAGCGUCCUGAACCCUGGCGUGAAGCCAAGGCGGCCGGGGACGGGGCUGGCCAACAGGCGCCCUGCCAGUUCGGCCUCGCGGCACCGUCUCCCGGUCAAAGCCAGGCUCGAGGACCAGCAUUUAGUCGAGGUGAAGAGAGUGAUCAUGCGUGACAUCCGAGAAUCCGGGCUGUACAGCGAUGACAGCAUCAACGCCCUCCUGGAGCGACACCGCAGCCGUUGGCCGCAGCUGAGCCGGCGGGAAAUGGAGCACAUCGUCAGGAGCAUCCAGGACGACCUCGGAGUCAAGCCACACGCCACGCACUACGUCUGCCAGAUCCUCGCGGCGGCGGAGAGCGGGGCCAGCGGAACCCCAGGCCUCACGAAGAAGAUCGUGGAAGGCCCCCUGUGCGUCAGCCCACUCGGAGAGAAGACGACGAAGGCGCAGACGAAGACCUACGAGGCGGCGGUGCAUCCGGGACAAAAAAUCCCCUCCGCGACGCAGAACCUCGGCGCUCGGGAGCCCAACGACGAGGAGGAGAGCAGACGACCGAAGAAGGAUUUCAAGGAGAUCGAGGACGAGCUCUGGGCGCGGUCCGUAAUGAGUGGCGUCGACCCGGGGCUAGUCGACCAGGCGCGGAAGGAGGCCAGGGCGCCCCACGUCGAGGACGACAGCGAUCUGCCGGCGUAUGUCAUGGAUCUCUGCCAACAGUUUGAUGUCAAGAUAUGAAGGGUC